GAUGAUGGGAGAGGCGGGCCUUGGGAACUGUCUCGUGGUUGGGGGGUGGGGGGGAAAGAUGGCGGAGCUGAUGCUCCUCAGCGAGAUUGCGGACCCGACGCGUUUUUUCACCGACAACUUGCUGAGCCCGGAGGACUGGGACAGCACCUUGUACGCCGGCCUGGAUGAAGUGGCCGAGGAGCCGACGCAGCUUUUCCGUUGCCCGGAGGAAGAUGUCCCGUUUGGCAGCAGCUCCCUGGACUUGGGGAUGGAUGUCAGCCCUCCCGAACCCCCCUGGGACCCUCUGCCUAUCUUCCCAGAUCUUCAGGUGAAGUCUGAGCCAUCCUCCCCCUGCUCUUCCUCCUCCCUCAGCUCUGAAGCAUCACAUCUUUCCACAGAGCCCUCCAGCCAGGCUUCUGGUGUAGGGGAGGUGCUGGUUGUGAAGACAGAGUCCUUGGCGCCCCCACUCUGCCUUCUGGGAGAUGAUCCAACAUCCCCUUUUGAAACCGUCCAGAUCAAUGUGGGCCCCACCUCUGAUGAUCCCUCAGAUGUCCAAAUUAAGAUAGAGCCUGUCUCUCCAUCUUCCUCCAUCAACUCGGAGGCGUCUGUGCUCUCAGCAGAGUCCCCCAACCAGACCUUUAUAGGGGAGGAAGUAUUAGAAGUGAAGACAGAGUCCCCGUCCCCUCAAGGGUGUCUCCUGCGGGAUGUCCCAGGCCCCGCACUUGGAGCUGUCCAGAUCACCAUGGGCCCGUCCUCCGAUGGCUCCUCAGGCAAAGCUCUGCCCACUCGGAAGCCACCGCUGCAACCCAAACCUGUGGUGAUAACCACUGUCCCAAUGCCACCCAGAGCUGUGCCUCCCAGCACCACUGUCCUUUUGCAGCCCCUUGUCCAGCCACCCCCAGUGUCCCCAGUUGUCCUCAUCCAAGGUGCUAUUCGAGUCCAGCCUGAGGGACCGACCCCCGCUGCUCCACGGCCCGAGAGGAAGAGCAUUGUUCCGGCUCCUAUGCCUGGGAACUCCUGCCCACCCGAGGUGGAUGCCAAGCUGCUGAAGCGGCAGCAGCGAAUGAUCAAGAACCGGGAGUCAGCCUGCCAGUCCCGGAGGAAGAAGAAGGAGUAUCUGCAGGGGCUGGAGGCACGGCUGCAGGCCGUGCUGGCUGACAACCAGCAGCUCCGGCGGGAGAAUGCUGCCCUCCGCCGGCGGCUGGAGGCUCUGCUGGCCGAGAACAGCGAGCUCAGGUUGGGGUCUGGAAACAGGAAGGUGGUCUGCGUCAUGGUCUUCCUUCUCUUCAUCGCCUUCAACUUCGGGCCCGUCAGCAUCAGUGAGCCUCCGCCGGCACCCAUCUCUCCUCGGACGAGCAGAGAAGAGCCUCGACCACGCAGACACUUGCUGGAGUUCUCAGCACAGGAGCCAGCCGAGCCCCCCCGGCGGCCCUCCCAGGGCCUGGAGGAGCCCCAGCCCAGCCCUGCAGGCCGGCCAAGUUUCAGGAACCUGACAGCCUUCCCUGGGGCCGCCAAGGAGCUGCUGCUGAGAGACCUGGACCAGCUCUUCCUCUCCUCUGAUUGCCGGCACUUCAACCGAACUGAGUCCUUGAGGCUUGCUGACGAGCUGAGUGGCUGGGUCCAGCGGCACCAGAGGGGCCGGCGGAAGAUCCCCCAGAGGGCCCAGGAGAGGCAGAAGUCUCAGCUACGGAAGAAGUCACCUCCAAUUAAGGCAGCAGUCCCCACCCAAUCCCCUGGGCCCCCAGAAAGGGACACUGCGCGCCAACUGCAGCUGUAUCGCCACCCAGACCGUUCACAGCCAGAGUUCCUGGAUGCAAUCGACCGACGGGAAGACACGCUUUACGUUGUCUCCUUCCGAAGGGACCACCUGUUGCUCCCAGCCAUCAGCCACAACAAGACCUCUCGGCCCAAGAUGUCCCUGGUGAUGCCUGCCAUGGCCCCCAAUGCUGCGGGGCCAGGACUGGAGAGCCCAACACGUUUGCCUCAUCGUUCUGCUAUGGCUUCUGGAUGCAGCACAUCUGGAUUCCGGGGCCCAGAUGUGUGGUUGCCACAGCGACCUCGGUCCCUCUGGGCCUAUCAGAGAAAAUCCGUUCUCUAUGCAGUCUGCUCUCUCCGUGUAAUGCUGUUUCGGACCCUCCGCCCUUUCAUCGACCUUCCCCCAACCCCUGCCUGGAGAUCUGAGGGAAGCUGUUACCUAUUCCAGGCUCUGGGGGCUUCGCGCCAAAGCAGAGGAAGGAAGUCGAGCCCAGCUCCAUCCAAGAUGCUGACUUCAUCCUCCACAUUAAAGCCAGGAAAAAAACAGCCAUACUCACAGACACACGGACACACACGGGGACACCCACGCGAGAGCCCAUGCGAGCCUUUGUCCUCGGCCACCGGGAGGUCAUGGGGCGUAUGGCGCAGCCACAUGCAGUACUGACCUGCCCUGGCCCAGGGACACCCCACACCCAUGACUGGGAUCUGACCCUGGUGCAGACACCUGUGCCCCAACCCAAGCGACAGAAUCAGGCACAUGCUGGCUCCUGAACGUCCCAUUCACUCAUGACCUGUGACCUGGCCAGUCUACACCUCAGUGGUGAGGAUUGUGCCUGGGUGGCAAGAACUUUAUCCUUGGCGUGAAACUUGUGGGUGUGUGUCGGGGGGUGUCUUGCUGCCCCUGCCCAGGGGUAAGGUUUUUCUCGUCUGGCAAAAGUCUCCUUUUCAGCCCCUCAUCAGGGUAGCAGAGCACACGGGGCAAUGAGGCCAGAGAUAGAGCCCAGCAGCCUGAUGGCAGUGUGUCUGCCACCCUGUCCUCAGGUGUCAGUCUUCCUGUCUCUCCUGAGAUCAGAGCGACCUUCUCUAACUCUCUGCUCCCACCCCCCUGCACCACCCUUCCACGGUCCACAAGGUCACCCCCCUGCGUGCCCCCACCCCGUAGCUGCCCCUGCCUCCAUCCCUAACCUUCCUCCUAACUUUGAGGCUUCCCUUCCACCUCCCCUGAACCCCAAAUUCUUUCCCAAGUGUUCAGCCAAGCCUUUGUCCAGCAGUGCACAAACCUCAGCUGCCAUUUCUCUAGGAAUUUGCUGAGGUGGGAGAAUGAAAAGGGGGCAUUGAUCCUGAGCUGAGAACCAAAGGUGGACUGAACAGUACAGCCAGCGAGAGACGGCACGGGAACGGGGCGGGCCGAGAGGAUAGAAGAGACAGGACAGGUGGAAGCAGUGGGGCCGGCAGGGGCACAGGUGAGGGGACAAGGAGUCCUGGAAAGGGGCCCAUGUUGGAGAGGGAUUUAGGCUUGGGAGGGGGCUUUCCUCCUGCCACCCCUUACCCCUGCCCUGCCCGGAGACAAGGUGUGGAGAUGAAGGAGUGGGUGCUGGGCAGCAGACAGACAGCAAAGAUCCAAGCUGGAGCAAUGUGGCAACUGGGAGGGGGAUGCGGGAGGGGGGCUGGCCGUGGGGAAGGGUGUUGGUGGAGAGGAGAAAACGGGUCGGAGAGCAGGCGUAACAGGUAGGGAAAUGGUGGGGGUGAGAAAGAAAUGGCAUGAGGGAUGGGGGGGUAUCAAGUUGAGCAAAAAAAUAGGGUGAGGAGGAAGAAUAAAAUGGUAUAAGGAGAGGUCGUGGGAGGUCAGACUAGGGCUGGAGGGGGCGAGAUGAGGGUGUCGUGGGACUCGGUGAUCCCAGACAGGGAGGAGAGAAGGGGUGGCAUGUGAUGACGGCUGGGAGGGCCUGCCCUAUCUCCGCUCCCCUCCCUGACCUCAUGCUGGUCCUCCCCUUCUCCUCCCCCUGCUCGCUACAGGCUCCCUCCUCCUCCCUGUCGCUGCCCAGAUCGACGGUCAGGUCGCAGCUUAGUGAGCCCCUGCUGCAGGGAACAAGCAAGGGGACAUCCAGGGCUGCCAAGGGAAGCCCACCCACCCUGCCCUGAGCGCCCCCUUCCCAAGGUCGGGGGCAGAGCAGGUGCAGAGGCAUUGUGGCCGCUGGUUACCCAGGUAAGGAACUGCUCUCGGGAGAUGGAGGGAAAGGCAGGGAGAUGUGGGGACUUCUAGCCCCACAUCCCAGGUGAAGGUUGGCAGGAGAGCCUCCCAGAGCAAGGACUUUUGCGUUGGGGCAGAGGGAAUAGGACCACGCACUGGGGACUGGAGUCCCUGUGGACGGUGCGUCUGGGAGGAUGGGUGCUUGGAGUGGAGGAGUGGAUGCUGGGGUUUGGACAGGACCCUGUGCUGGCACCAAGGUGGAGGUGGUGGUCGGUAAGGUAAGGUGGGACUCUGGGCUCUGGAGGUGCCAGGGUUGGGAGAAACCAGGGGCCAGCUGAACCUCAGGAGGAAAAUGCUGGUGGAACCCCAAGUUCUCCGGCUGGAGCGGCUGAGCCAGAACUCCAGCUUCUUUGCGCGUCCAGAUGGGGACUCUCUGGUGGCAGCACAUGCGCUUCUAGGCUGGAGGAGGGUCUGGGGGUCUUGAGCCCUUAGGAAUGCUGAAGCAGAGCAGGAUCAGGACUCCCAGGUCUGGGAAGGGCACAGAGCCUGUAGAGAGAAUCCUAAAACUUGUUCUUGGCAGAAAGCUUCGCACCCAUGACUCACGGUUCAGCGAGGCCGAGAUGACUGAGAGGUGCCUCCAGGGGCACAGGGGCUCCGUCUUUGCUCGUCCCCCUUCCAGGCUCUCCCUGCUCCUGUCCGUCUAAACCUCCCCCCUCCACGUGACACACCCUGGGUGGGACGGGCGGGACCCUUAUCUCGCCUGGAAAGAAUUUAAUGGCUUGGAAACAACUGGAAGUGGAACUGAGAGGAACUACUGGGAAGCAACUCGGAAACACGGAAACAUCACAGCUGCUGGCCGUCCGCUUCCAAUCCCCACCCACUUCCCAGAGCCUCAGCCCCCUCCCUUCUUUCCCUGACCCGGCGUCCAAAUCCCCAGGGACCCCGCACCUCGGUUCCUCAAAAUUCCUUUCCCCCUCAGUCCUGGUCACUCCGUGCAGGACCAGAACCUGCCUUCCUGUCCCUCACUGCCCCUGCCUCCGGACUCCUUCCCCGGGGGUCUGGAAAUUCUUCCUUUUAAUUUCCUUAUCUCUCUCGGGUCCAUUAGCUUCCCAGAAUACAGGGCAUCUCAAUUCUCCAACUCCCUCGCUCCCGGUGCCUCCUUGUCACCUGGUUACACCCCAAUAUCUGGAACCCAUUGUCACCUCCGUCCUUCAUCUCACGGUCCUGGAACUCUUUUACCUUCACUUCUCCUGUAGCAUAAGGGGCAGAGGGGAGCAUGGGGGUGGGCCCCCAACCCUCCCACCUUUGGGACAUCCCUCGUGGAAGCCAGCCCCUUCCCCCACCUCUUGGGACCUAGAGUCCCUGAUGAGCAAAGUGUCAAAAUUGGCCACUGCAUGAAUACCCGGCAGUCUGAGUCACAGCUUGGGAAGGUGCCCCUAUCCCUGCCAGCCCUCCAACUGUGGGGAGGAUGCCCAGUGCAUGAGGCCACAUCUCCCCUCCUUCCCCCCACUGCAGAAAGCACCCCAGAUGCGGCAGUAGGGGGGAUGAUGAGCCGAAAACACAGGGGACACCUCCGUUUUCCGCUUUCCUGGUGCUGACAGAAGUGUGGAAUUCUUCAAGAAUUGAGAGUUGGGAUUGUGGGGAUAGUAGAGACUGGGCAGGAGAGGGGACUGGGGAAGGAGGCUCGGGGGUGUGUGGCCUAUGGGGGCCAUGCCUCUCCUUUCAGACCAGUUUACCACUUUCCUGCUUUUCUUCUUGCCACAGAGACAACCCCCAUUACCCCCCAGCAUGUGGGGAAAGAUGCAGGAUCCUGUUGUGGAGAGGGGGGUACUGGACAGCUCCCAAAGGCCUCCAGGGGUGUGGGGCACCCUGUAUCCUCUGUUCCCCACUGGAGAAGGGCCUCCUGUGUGGUUCCCCAGCUAAGGUCUUUGACUCACACAGCUUUUUUAGGCAUCACCCACCAACUGGGUGUGGAAGAACCAUGAAGAGAAGAUUGUGUAUGUGUGUGUGUGCGGGUGCACAUGCGCGCCCAUGCCCAAACUCAAAUAUGUGAGCCUGCAAAGAUGCAGGCUUCUUUGAAUAAACAAGGGCACACAUAUACGAGAA